GAGCUCCGAGAUUUCAGUGGAUUCUUACCUUCCCUAGCCUAUAUUGUUCGCCAGGAUUACGUAUAGUUCAUGUUUAUUAUCUAGUGUGUGCAAUGCGGGUUUAAUAUUUGUGUAUCAGGUCCUGUUGAAUCGUGGAGAUUUCGAUGGAGACCGCGGUCGAGACCAAGAAACACCAGCGAUUCACAAAACGCCGGGAGAGGAAGACAACCGCGGACGCUAGUGGAGAUGAAAUGGACGACUCGCCGUCUCGGCCGAGCAAAGACAAACGCUCGAAGCCCAGGCGGAAGAAACACAACACGAUAUGCGAGGAAGAUAUUAUAGACGGAUUUGCUAUUAUAAGUUUCAAAACCUUCGAGGAUCUUGAGAAUGCUGUGAAGAACUCGAUGAACCUCAAGUCCAAUGACAAGAAAGACCUGUGUAACUCACAGAACAAGGAACGGGACAAAGAGAAAAGCAAUCGUGUGAAGAGGAAAGGAGAGAAGAAAUCACAGAAAAUCAAUCCACACUCUCCAACAUUACCUGGCAACCCAUUUGAGGAACCAUUGGGCAGUCCACGAAGUGAUCAGACAGAGGUACUUGACCACAACCUCAAUGGUCCAGAUCACACCUCACAGGACGUGCUUAGUGAUGCAAGUUCACAUUCCAGUUCAGGCAGGGGCUACCUAUGUGACAGCGAAAGCGGGGACGAUCGGGCUUCUGAUGCUAGCUCGGAUAUCUUUACCACAGUCAAUACUGUCAAUCGAAGUCGAGAAUGCAUUGUAACCAACAACACCAGCACAAACUCAGUAUGCAGCAGCCCAUGUCCUGUGGGGGUCACAACGACCCCUUCCCUCAGUAGUCCAGCUACUACUGCCACUACUACUGCUGCUACGACUACCACUAGUGCAUUAAUAGUCUCAGCCACCACCACCUGUGGUACCAUUACCACUUCCUGUAGCCCCGCAUCUGCAGUGGCUCCAAUAACCACACCGUCUGUGAUAUCUAGUGGACCGCGAACAGCGCCACCUACAGUACUUCCCGCCAAGCGUCCGGCUCCAACUCCAUCAUCGCCAACAACGCCUCAUCCUGCUUUGACAGCAGCUAGACCACCAAGCAGGACCACACAAAUCCAUAACCGAGAAAACAGGAAAAGUAGUUCCCCCUUACCGCCGCCUCGGCCCCUCGCUAGCAAGCGAGAGGAAUAUCGUGAUAAAGACCCACAACUACCCCCUAGUCUGCCGUUCUCUAAGUCCAGGACCAGUGUCAACAGUUCUGCUCAUCACCUAUAUAGUCCCCAGAUCUCGCCUAGUGCGAGUAUACCCCCUUAUCCUUUACAUUCCACUCCUAACCACACGCCAACAUUUCCUCCCCACCACCCACCACUGCCCCCUCAUCCCCCCUCCGCCCAUACCCCCGGGCAUCCGCCCCACAGCAUGUUUGCGCCCCCACUGCCGCCAGGACCAGCCGGGGCUUCAUUGACAUCAGGCUCUUUGAGCGGGGCUACUGCCACCAGUCUGUCAUCUCAUUCACCUAGUGAUUCUAUGUCCUAUGCCAACCAGGAGAUUUUACGAGAAGAGCUGAAUCGUCGCUUCCUUGCCACACAAGAUCGUCCAGUACCUUCCAUAGGCGGGUCUCAUCCUUUCAUUCGCUCAGACGUCCAUCAGCAUCAGCACCAACACAUGCACCAACAUCAACACACCCACCAACACAUGUAUCCUAUACACUUCCCUGGCUCUUUGGGCCCACCACCGGCCCCUUUACUGUAUGAAAAGGUGCCGAAGAUAGAUUCGACAUUUUACCGACCACAGAUUCCAGGCCUACCAUCCUACCCUACUGGUAUGUCUCCACUCAUGCCUCCAGCUGGUCCAGGACCACUUAACUCCGGACUCAACUCUGGGAUACCAGGAGCAUUCCAACCUAAACGUGUAUCAUCAAGCCUGCACCCAGCCCAGAUGAUGCUAGCAUCACUUCGAGACCGAGAAAAGGCUAACCCCACUCCAGGGGGAACUCUACCUGCCCAAAAAAAGUCCGGGAAAUGGUGUGCCGUCCAUGUUCGGAUAGCUUGGGAAAUCUACCAACACCAACAAAGGCAGUCUGAUCCUCAGAAGGGCCAGUCUGAGGGCAAAACUGUAGAACCACUGCGACCUCCUAGUCAUCUACUACUAGGCAAUAGUGUCCACAAAGGUCAAGAACUAGGCUCCACUCCAAGCUUACUAGGACCAGGUGGCCCAAGAAGUAUACUAGAAAGUAGUGGACACACAGGUCUCCUGGGACAAAAUGCAAUAAACAUGCCGCCGUUUCCUCGGCCCGCGGCCUACUCCGCUCUACCUGGCGGCUUUAGUGGGUUUGGUGGCCUCGGUAAGAAGUCUCUGUCACCCUUUCGAGCUCCAUUCAGCAGUGGUCGAGAUGUGACAGCUGUGCCGGGGAUGACUCCUCCACCCCACGAAUGGGGGAAUCGACUUCAUCGUACACCCCCUUCAUUCCCCACCCCCUGGCCAAAACAAAUGGAGGAUCGAGAAAAAGAGGAACGUGAACGAGAACGUGAACGGGAAAAAGAACGGGACUUAGAGAGAGAACGGGAAAAGGAACGAGAAAAGCGUGAUUACAUAGGCCUGGAUAGGAGAAGAGAAGAUGACAGAGAAAGAGAAAGACGCAAUAGUGAACGAGACAGACUGCCAAUUAACUGCCUAACAGACAGAAGUCGUGACAGGGAUAAAAUGUUCCCAGCAGAACCUGUGCGGCCAGCACGGUCAAGGUCACGUUCAAGGUCACCUCUACAAAAUGGGCGCGUAGGAUCUGCAAAAUCAGACAGUAGUUUUGAACGCAGAUAUGAAGAUCGAGGUGGUUUAAAAAUUAAAGAAGAGAGAAGGGAUGAGGAUAUACUCCAUGGAGAAAGAGACAAAAUAAGAAAUGAGUACAUGUUAGGGCCAUCUGUGCCAAACCACUCUAACCCCUUAGCAAUGUUUGAUCGCAGUCGUUUGUUCAUGGGUGCAUCUCCAUUUCUGGCAGCUGAUCGUGUGCCCUCACAUCCAGCAUUGUGGCAGUAUGAAAAAAAUGCUUUAGAAUUGAACCACCAUCGCCUGCAGCUACAGCAGGAGAUGGAACGUGAGCGCGAGAGACUCAUCCACCGUAUUCCUCCACAUCCGACCUCUUUAGAGAUGGAACAAGAACGCCUACGUAAGGAGGAACUUUUUCUCCAAGACGAACGUUUGCGCCGGGACUACCUCUCAAGUAUGCCUAUGUAUGAGCGUGAACGUCUGGCAGCUUAUGAACAGCAGUCACGGUUGUCUGGUUUACGGACAGCUGAACUAGGAGCAGCUUCCCACUUUAAUAGGACUCUUAGCCCAAUGGUAAAUCAUGCUGGGGCACGGACUACUUUAAGCCCAAUGGUAAACCACUUAGGUGCCAGGACUAUGAGCCCAAUGUUGAAUCAUGUGGGGGUGAAAGGGAGUUCUCCAGCUUGUGCCCCGCCACCCCUCAUCCCCUCCUCUAGUGCUGCCUCACAUAGUCACUCCAAUUCCCCUGCUGUGGCAAAGUCCAAGGGUCACCAUGGCGACCCAGGCCUGGGGGACAAAAGGGAUACAUAUUCCAACUCCACAGACCCAGAAUCCCACAGCAGGUAGUACCAUACGGCAGACAUAAGCGUACUUGUGAUUAUAGUUAAAUUAGGCAGCUCAGCUAAACAACUAAUUCCACUGGCUUUAGGCCAGUGCCAAGUCUGAUUAUCUGAUAUACAACUGGUUUAAUGUGUGAAUUAAAUGUUGGAGAACAGUGCUUAAAUGGAUAUACAGGGAUGUAACACAGAAUAUCAUGCUGGAUAAUUCUCAAUAAUCCUGUGUAAUGGUUUGAACAGAGAUAUUUUUCUGUUUAUUUUGAGAAAGCAAUGGUAUUUCUCUAAAGUUUUGUUCUCAGUGUGAUGAGAAAAUUUACUUGGAUUAAGAAACAGACUUAAGUUAAUAUUUGAAAAGAUAAAACAUUCCUUCACAUAUUGGUGAAAUAAAGUGUGUCUUUGAACAGAUUUAAUAUGUUUCCAUCAAGUGUGUAGAAUUCAGUAUUCAAGUAUCACAGAAAGUAGUGUUUUGGCUUCGGAAAGCGCGAUAGGUUUCCUCAGCCAAGAUUGUGAAAAGUUCUCGGCAAGUAUAAAACCACAAUAUGUAAACAUUUGCAACAAAUGAAAGGCUGUCAUACAAGACCAGGAUUGUAUCGCACCCAAGUGACUGUCUUGUGUCACAACCAAACACCUGAGUCAUUUUCAGUUGAAGCCUGUUACACUCAAGUGAUUUACAAAGUAAAGUUGAAACAUGCAGGCCUGUGUCACUCACAAAGAUAGGUCUUUGGCUCGUCCAAAUGAUAUCAGGGUUUGUCACACACGAAAAGUUAGACCUUGUCACAUCUGAGUGAGAAUUAGUCACACCUAAAAGUAGGCUUUGUCAUGUUGAAGGAGAAGUCUGUCACUCCCAAAGGCAGAUCUGUGACAGUCUGUCACACUUAGAGACAGGCCUUUGUGACAUGAAACCUGUCACACUGAAGGGGUUAAGACACUUUAAAGGUGGAAUGUUUGACACAUCAGAUGGGUUCUGUCUCACACAGACUGUAAACUAGUAAUCUGGCAUACCUAACAAAACAUGGUUCCAGAAAGUGUUCCUUUCAAAUAGACUACAGACAUACCUGGAGUUAUCCAGGUGCUCUAGCUUCUCCUAAAGACUGUUUCAAGGAUGCAUUUCAAAAUUCAUAUAUAAUGAAUAUAGUAUGGCUGACUUGUUGUUGAGAUGUUAGAUGUGUGUAUAAAUGUUGAAGGCCAAGAGAAAGGCUGUGAAAUAUAUAAAAUGUGUAAUAUCCUCAGGUUUAUUUCUCUGUCGUAAUACAAUUGUAGAAAUAUUGCAUUCCAAAUUGUUUAGACUUUAAGGAAAAGAAAUAUAAAUCCCUAAGAACCCUAGAACUUGUGGCCUUGUAGGACUUUGUGAUGAUGGACUAGGGAUACCUACCAAAGACAGCAAUUAGAACAUAAAUAUGGAAUUUUUACUGGUCUAAUGGUACAAAACUAAAACAACUGUGGCUUGUUGAUCUUUUUCUUUUUGAACAUGUUCUGUUAAUAAGUAACAAGAAAGUUCAUUAAAGAAUCUUGUGUGUGUGAGGUAUGGAUGAUUCUACUUGAGGGCUUUGGGGUUUAUAAAUGACGUAUUUCGAGAUUCCAUCUGAGUUAAUGAAGGAUAGAGAGAUUUCAUCCAAGGCUUUAGAUGUGUGUGAGGAAUCUGAAGAUUCCACCCAAGGGUAAGGUGUUUAUAGAUACAGCAUAGAUCUGAGAGAGAAGGCAUGUAUGAGGGAUAGAGAUAUUCCACAUGAGGAGGUUUGGUUGUGAGGAAACGGAGACUCCACCAGAGGGGUUAGGUUUGAAUGAUAGAUAGGCUGAUUUGAACCCAAGGGUUUAGUGCAAUCGAGGGAACCGUGACUCCACCAGAGGGGUUAGGUUUGUAUGAUAGAUAGGGAGAUUGUACCCAAGGGUUUAGUGUGAUUGAGGGAACCGAGACUCCACCAGAGGGAGGUUGUACCUAAGGGUUUAGUGUAAUUGAGGGAACCGAGACUCCAACAGAGGGGUUAAGUUUGUAUGAUAGAUAGGGAGAUUGUACCCAAGGGUUUAGUGUGAUUGAGGGAACCGAGACUCCACCAGAAGGGUUAGGUUUAUAUGAUAGAUAGGGAGAUUGUAGUGUGAUGGAAGAAACUGCAAGACAACAGUAUCAUAAAUUCUGAGGUUGGAAGCAUAAUAAAUAAACGCCUUGUCAAUGAAUGAAUUUAACGAUUCUAACAGUCGGACAAAAAAUUUUAAAAAUCAAAAGCUCUUAUGUUGUAUAUCCCAAAUUUCCAAGUCCUACAAUUAGCAAUACCUUUUUUUUCCAAAUGAUACCUGUAAGAAAAUUGAAUUAGACAUCUAACACAAACAGGCUACACACAAACAUCUCAUAAUUUAUAGAUGUAACCAUUGUAUCUAGAUAAACCUUGUCUGGUCACAUUUAAGAUCUUUUCUGAAACCUGUUACAGUAUGUUUAUAUGGCUUGUUACAGUACUGUAAAUUUGCUAUUGUAUUCAAAUGUAGGAUUCUAAUAUUGACGAUUCCAUACAAAUGGCAGCUUGAAAAAAAUAAAUGUUUCAAAAAUAGCACAUAAUAGAUUAGUUGCUGUCACUUGUAGUAUGUUUCUAGGGUAAUGUUUCAUUUGUUCAAGUAUAAAGAUAUGUUCCUUACAUGAUGAAGUAGAGAUGUGUUGUCCUGACAACUGUGUAAAAUCAAUAAAAACCAUAGAUUUCCUUAUUACUGAGCAUCGGUAGAGUAUUUACAGUACAGUGUUAGUGUCUACGUCUGUAGAGUGUUUAUAGUACAAUGUUACUGUCUACGUCUGUAGAGUGUUUACAGUACAGUGUUACUGUCUACGUCUGUAGAGUGUUUACAGUACAGUGUUACUGUCUACGUCUAUAGAGUGUUUACAGUACAGUGUUACUGUCUACGUCUAUAGAGUGUUUACAGUACAGUGUUACUGUCUACGUCUGUAGAGUGUUUACAGUACAGUGUUACUGUCUACGUCAAUAGAGUGUUUACAGUGCAAUGAUACUGUCUACAUCUGUAGAGUGUUUACAGUACAGUGUUAGUGUCUACGUCUGUAGUGUUUACAGUGCAAUGAUACUGUCUACAUCAAUAGAGUGUUUACAGUACAGUGUUACUGUCUACAUCUGUAGAGUGUUUACAGUACAAUGUUACUGUCUACGUCUGUAGAGUGUUUACAGUAUAAUGUUACUGUCUACGUCUGUAGAGUGUUUACAGUACAGUGUUAGUGUCUACGUCUGUAGAGUGUUUACAGUACAGUGUUACUGUCUACGUCUGUAGAGUGUUUAUAGUACAAUGUUACUGUCUACGUCUGUAGAGUGUUUACAGUACAGUGUUACUGUCUACAUCAAUAGAGUGUUUACAGUACAAUGUUACUGUCUACGUCUAUAGAGUGUUUACAGUACAGUGUUACUGUCUACAUCAAUAGAGUGUUUACAGUACAAUGUUACUGUCUACGUCUAUAGAGUGUUUACAGUACAAUGUUACUGUCUACGUCUGUAGAGUGUUUACAGUACAAUGUUACUGUCUACGUCUAUAGAGUGUUUACAGUACAGUGUUACUGUCUAUGUCUGUAGAGUGUUUACAGUACAAUGUUACUGUCUACGUCUGUAGAGGGUUUACAGUGCAAUGAUAGUGUUUAUUUCUUUUCAGUAUUUUACAGGGAUUUGAAUUCUGAAAUCUAGAAAGGAAAAAUAUUGCGGAGAUAGGUUAAUGAAAUUUUGAGAAUGAGAGAAUAGACUAUUGCAUUUACCAAUUGUUAAUAAAUUGUCUACGUUAGAUUUUCAAUAAUUCUGAAAUACAAAUGUAUGCUGUGGACAAGGCUGUAUUGAAGCAUGGAUGAAUUUGAUGUGUUAUUACGAUGAAAGAAUUUGAUGUGUUGUAAUGAUGAAUGAAUUUAAUGUGUUGUAAUGAUGAAUGAAUUUAAUGUGUUGUAAUGAUGAAUGAAUUAAGCGUGUUCAACGAUGAUUGAAUUUGAUGAACAGCGAUGAAUGAAAUUAAUGAAGUCAAUUAUUUGUGAAUGGAUAUUUAGAUGAAUCAUUGUUGAAUAAUGAAAUGAUGGAGAUUUACAGAUGAAAUCCUACUGAAUUUGAUGAAGAAUAUAGUAAAUCAUUUGACAUUUGUGAGACAUUCUUGUUAUUGAUCUGUAACACUAUAACAGAUCUCGGGGUCAAGUUACAGGACAGGAACAGGAACAUAUCAAAGGUGAAGUGAUUUCCUAGUGUUGACUGAGUUAGAGUGUAUUUAUGGAUGCUUAAAUGAGAUAAUUUAUUCCAUAUCUUCAUGUUUCCAUGGAGACCACAGUCACUGUUGUCAUAUCAAUAAUGACAGACUUUGUCUAUAAAAUAUUGAUAAUCUGAAAUUUUUUAACCAAAUAUUCCAGAGCGUAAUGAAUUUUACACAUUAUAUAGAUUGACAUUUUGUUUUUUUAUAUUUUUUCAUAAUGAUAUGAUCAUGAAAGGGAGUGAAUGUUUUAAGCAUUUGUAUAUAUGUCAAGUCACAAUAACUUCACUAGUGUGUCAUAUAAUGAUGUGUCUCUUUAAAAUUGAAACAAAUUGGUUUCUAUGAAAUAGAAGCACACAAAUUAAACAAUAUUGAAAUACA